UGGUCAGGAAGAACUGCUCAGAUAUCAGCACCAUUAAACACAAGAUGUGCGGAGGGCAGUAACAACUUGUUGCACGUACCAUCUUGUGCAGCAUCCUGGAAUGUAACAUUGACACUGAGAAACAAGUCUGCUGGUAUCAGUGAUGUGGCUAAGGAUGUAGAUGAUGAACCUGGGCAUCUGGUUAUUGAAGAUGAUUCCCUAGAAGAAGGAGAAUUUUUUGACAGCCCAUGUCAUGAGAACAGAAAGAGUCAUUUUAAAGAUGUUGGGAAACAAGUAAAUGUUCACGAAUCUGUGAUUCAUGAACUAAAUCAUCUUUUUCAAAUUAACCAUAUUGAUGCUUUACGUAUGGUUCAUUCCAAGAAAUUCCUCGCUGUGUCUGAUGCUGCUAUUUUGAAAACUCUUCACUCUAAAGACAUAAAUAUCUCAUCUCAACAGCUACAACGAAUACCUUGGAUAAUGCUGCAUUGUUCAGAUGAUCUUCAAAGAAAAUUGAGGAAGUUGAAAGAGCCGCAUUUAUUCCACACUGACUCAGAAGCCCUAGGGUUUUGUUACUUUACGUUAAAUAUGAUAAUGAGAUAUCAGAAGUACUUCAUGUCGGAGGUGAAAACUUUUCCGCAUCACCCAAACCGUGUCUAUUACCUGGCUGAAAGAUUGGAGGUGCCAGUGGAACUUGUCACGGAGAAGAUUGUCAAGACUAAGCAAAUACUGACUAUGUCAUUAAACCGUAUAGACCACAUGCUCGAUAUUCUCUAUGCAUAUGGGAUGCAGCCAGAGGACAUUGUGCCUGACUUAUGGGUUUUCUACCACCAAAUUAAAAGAGUGGAGGAGAGAUUGCAGCGAGCUGCACAGGCAGGAUGUAAGAGACCUAAGCCGUGGAUUUGUCAUGCAACUCAUCAAGUUUUUGAGAGAUUCUGUGAACGCCAACAGUCCCAGAAAGAGGAACUGACAGGGCACAAAGAUUUGGCAAGCUACUUAUCACAUAAGCUGGAGUGUGACCGCUAUGUGAUUGAAGUAUACUUUGAGCGCAACCGAAAUCUGGAGCGCAUGCAUGUUAGCAUGUUUAAAAAGAAACUUGAUCUUUUGUUUUCUGUAGGAUUUACCCCACAGGAUAUCAG